CUGGUUGUUCCUCCUGACUACACUCAACCAUCUCUGAGUGUGCUGCUGCUGCAACUGGUUGUUCCUCCUGACUACACUCAACCAUCUCUGAGUGUGCUGCUGCUGCAACUGGUUGUUCCUCCUGACUACACAACCAUCUCUGAGUGUGCUGCUGCUGCAACUGGUUGUUCCUCCUGACUACACUCAACCAUCUCUGAGUGUGCUGCUGCUGCAACUGGUUGUUCCUCCUGGUUACACUUAACCAUCUCUGAGUGUGCUGCUGCUGCAACUGGUUGUUCCUCCUGACUACACUCAACCAUCUCUGAGUGUGUUGCUGCUGCAACUGGUUGUUCCUCCUGACUACACUCAACCAUCUCUGAGUGUGCUGCUGCUGCAACUGGUUGUUCCUCCUGACUACACUCAACCAUCUCUCUACACUCACUAACUGCUGAAAUAUGUUGUACUUGCUGGUGUUAACAAGUGUGGUGAGUGUGAGUACUGAGGAUCAUGGCUCUAACACACUCACACUCACUGCUGACACUUUCCCUCUAGCUGUCCAAGGGAACCCUCAUUUUAUUAUGUUUUUCGCCCCUUGGUGUGGCCACUGCAAGCGGUUGAGUCCAACAUGGGAUGACUUAGGCAAGAAGUACAAUACUGAGAAGGCAGAGAUUGUAGUGGGCAAGGUAGAUUGUACUCAGCACACUGCUCUCUGCUCUUCGCAAGAUGUCACAGGAUACCCUACGUUAAAACUCUUCACCAAGGGGAUACAGAAUGGUGUAAAAUAUCGAGGCCCAAGAGACUUGGCAUCGCUGGAGAGAUUCAUCGCUGAACAGCUGGGGACUGAGGUGCAGGAUGGUGAGCAUGAAUCAGUUCCAGAGGCACUUACUGGCUUGGUCGAGCACACUGAUGCCACGUUUAAGACUAUGGUUCCAAAUGGCAAACACUUCAUUAAGUUUUAUGCACCUUGGUGUGGACACUGUCAGAGACUUGCUCCAACUUGGGAAUCCCUGGCGAAGUCUUUUGAACAUGACAAGUCGGUUACAAUUGGAAAACUAGAUUGCACUCAAUUUCGGGAUAUUUGCCAUGAGUAUGAAGUGAAGGGUUACCCAACAUUGCUGUGGAUUGAAGAUGGCAAAAAGAUUGAAAAAUAUACAGGGGAUCGUAGCCAUGAAGAUUUAAAGAAAUUUGCAGUUCGCCUUCUUGGAGAUGAUGCUGGUGUUCAGCAGAAGGAAGACCUGAGAGAGCCACAGCCACCAGUUACAGUUCUCACCUCUGAGAAUUUUGAGAAUGCCAUUGAACAAGGAUGUACAUUAGUCAAAUUCUUUGCACCAUGGUGUGGACACUGCAAGCGCAUGGCUCCAACUUACGAUGAAUUGGGUCGCAAAUUUGUUGGGCAUGACCAAGUGAAGAUUGCAAAAGUGGAUUGCACUCUGGAGGUGAAUAGAAGCUUGUGCAGCGAACAAAAUGUAAAUGGAUUCCCAACACUGUAUCUGUAUAAAAAUGCCAACCAGAUUGGAGAGUACAACGGGGAUCGUUCCCUGGACGACAUGGUCUCCUUUAUCACCAGACAUCUAGAGCACGACGAACUGUAGUCUAGUACUUUAUUAAAAGCAGUUUUUAGCUAACAGCAAUAUACUGUAUCUUUAAUUAGGGGUGUCUAUCAGAAUAUUAUAUUGCAAGGUACUUAAAUUAUUUUCCUUCUCCAAUUACAAUAUCCUUUAAGUACAAUAAGUGAUAUUUCAAAACUUUUAGCUGAUAGGUGUAAGUUCAUAACCAUGUUUUAUAUUUUAAAUUGUUCACAAACUUUGGAGAAUAGUUCAAAGCUAUUAAUGGUGUUAAAUUGUUUUUUCAAUGCUUUGUUUCCAUGGAAAAUAUUAUUAUAUUGUUUUUUCUUAAUUAUGUAGCACCUUUAUAUCUUUCAUUAUAAUAAGAGCCAAAAAUUUAACAUAUAGAAAUGCUAGCUGUUGAAUCAUUAAUAUUCAUUUAGAAUAAAUGUGAUGUUUUCUUUUUAUAUUCAAACCAAAGAAAGUUGACCAUUGUUCAAUGAAUGAAAUGUAACAUGU